AGCAUACCCCUUCCCUUCUCCACUGCUUCACACGUCUUUCUUUUCUUCAUUCACGCUCUGUCUAUCCACUUUCUCCUCUCCCUCUUUUCAACAACAUUUGUGUAACCAAGAAAAAUAACUGCCCUGAAUCAAAACCAUGGAGAAGACGAGGCCAGAGGAUGAUGAUAAGGUCAUCUGCAACACUGAUGGAGGUCUCUCUAGAUCAACAAGAGAUGAACAACCGACUCACUACACUUUCAAAAUCACUCAAUUUUCACUGUUUUCAGAGCAUUCUGUGGAAAGAUGUUAUACGCAGGCAUUCCAAGCGGGUGGUUACCUAUGGUGAGUUUCUUCUUCUUCUCUUCUCCUUCAAAAUUGGAUUACUUGACAUUUACAUGUGCAGGAAAUUGGUUCUCUACCCAAAUGGGAAUGACAAGGGGAAAGGUCAUCACUUGUCGCUUUACUUGCAAAUAGGAUAUGCUGUUUUUCUUCCCCUAGGUUGGGAGGUCCAGGCAGUUUUUCGCUUAUUUGCAUUCGACCAAAUUCGAGGCCAAUAUCUGGUGCUUGAAGAAACUCAAGGGAAGCGUUUUCAUGCGAUGAAAACUGAAUGGGGAUCUGAUGAGUUCAUCCCACUCAGUGUGUUCAAGAACCAGUCUUACGGAUAUCUUGUUAAUGAUACAUGUGUGUUCGGGGCAGAGGUAUUUAUUAUUGGAGAGAGUAGAAGCGGACAAAAUGAAUGUUUAUGUCUUUCAAGGGGAGCUGGAUAUUAUUACAAACGGAUCGUCAGAUUGUUUAGUAAAGGACACCAUGUAGAGCCUAUAAUGAAAUCAGCCUAUGGUGUACCUAUGGGAAAGUCCGCUACAUAUGAUACUACCUUUCCUUCUUUAAAAAUAGGAGUUCCAAUGAAAUCAAUGAGAGAUGAUAUGCCAACGCACUACACAUUUAAAAUUAAAUCAUUUUCACAACUUUGCAAGCUUCCUAAAAUUAGAUGUGACUCCAAGGUUUUCUAUGCUGGUGGCUAUAAAUGGAAGAUGUCUCUCUCUCUGAACAAAAACAAGCAGCAGAAAGUACAUUAUCUGUCUCUUUACUUGGGCAUCGAAGAAACUAGAUCCAUCCAGCCUGGUUGGGAGAUUGAAACAGUUUUUCGUUUAUUUGUAUUUGACCAAAUUCGAGGCCGGUAUGUGAUGCUUCAAGAAACCAAUGCAAAGUUUGAUGAACCGAAUACCAAAUGGCGAGUUGAUGAGUUCAUGUCACUGGAAACCUUUAAUGACCCAUCUUGUGGGUUUCUAGUUAAAGAUUCCUGCGUCUUUGGAGCUACUGUUUUCGUUUGUAGGGAGAGAUGUUCGGGCGAAGGUGAAUGCUUGCAGAUGAUAACAGAAGGGGUUACUACUGAAUAUAGGUGGAAGAUAGAAAAAAUUUCGCAGAUAAAAGAAAGCUGUAAAAGUGAACCAUUUGGUUAUGGAAAUCACAAAUGGACUCUCCAUUUCUAUCCUGGAGGAUGUAAAGAAGGUCUGGGAAACUAUAUUUCUCUUUUUCUGUUUUCGGGUAAUUCAAGCCUUCUUAUCCAAGGACCAUAUGUUCGUUAUUCCUUGACAGUGAUUGACCAGUCAAAUGGCAAUAGCAAUGGCAUUAGCGAAUGCGUUACUCGUCACUUUCCAGUCAAAGGAAAGGAUUGGGGUUAUCCGAAGUUCAUGCCACUUUGUGUGUUUGCUGAUCCAUCCAAAGGAUUCCUUGUGGAAGAUACUUGCAUCAUUUCAGCAAAGUUCACAAUCAUUGGAUCAAUUGAAAUUUUUCGCGAAUUUUAGUACGGGUAUCUUGAGUGAAAGAAUCCAUUUGAUCCCUUCUUUUUUACUGUCAUAUUGGAUAGCUUUUUCAGAAUCACUCUUCCUUCAGACUUAGUUGAAACUGAAUUAGUAAUGCUCAUGACACAAAAGUGAAUCUUGCAAAACAAGUAAGAUUACUUAUUUCCAUUUUCUCGGGUCGCUGUAGCGAUGCACAGGUGCUCAUCAGUGUAGCAAUGACACCCAAGGUUUAAAGU